AUGGCUUUCGACAAUGAUUCGGAUGUCUACGAGGAUCAUGCAGAGCUGUAUCACUCUGGCAAGCGCCUCAUUCUUACGCCACAUAAGUCACCUGCACCCUUCGGCUCGUCUUUUUACCCGGAUCCGCCAAAUUUGACAUCGAAACAAAUGAUUCCUACUGAUGAGGAGAAAAGCUUUUCACGUACGCAACUGGUCUUCUCUGAGUCCAACGGUCCCCUCGACUUCGACGAGACAAAGCAAAAUGAUAAAAGCAGCCAGGUGCAUUUGGAGAUCCUCGACAUGGUUGAUGGUGGAUAUGGUGCUCAAUACACCCCCAGGCCCCAGAAAGUCUUGUGCAAGGUGGUCCAGACGGCCUCAGCCUCUUCUGACAACAGCGAGAACAAAGCUCCUGUGCUUGAACAGCUUGUCUUCUUGAAGCUUUACGAUCCUUUGUUCUGGCCCCUGAAGGUUGAUCUUUCCGAGUUCUGCUUCAAGGUCACUGUCCGAGCGGGCUUUGCUCAUAGCAACGAAGUCGGCGCCUACUCUCAUCUCUUCAAAGCAGGUUUGACAGGCUUCCCACACCUGGCUCCUCAAUAUCACGGAUGCUGGACCGUUUCUGCCACCAGCGCCGAUCCUAAGUACGCGGGAAAAGUUCGGCAUGUGGUUGCGCUGGCCUUAGAGUAUGUUGAGGGGCGGUGUCUGAGUGAUCUUUUCCAGCCAAGCGGGCCCUUUCGGGAUCGCUUCCGAUCCAGUUGGUCCAACCCACAGGAGCCGCCGACCUACAUCUCAGCUGACGAAGACACUCGUCUCAGCAUCAUGGAAAAGCUCAUGGAUGGACUCAUAUCGGAGGAAUUCGUCGACGUGAACCACGGCAAUUUUCACCCAUCAAACAUGAUUAUUUCAUUGAAAAACGGCCAGACCACACUCGAACAGCCACGAAUCGUCCAGAUCUCAUACCGCAGAUCCAAGGUGACAACUUUAGGACGGGAUCCCUACAAGGCCUAUCUCUACUUCGCGAAGAAGCCUCAUCCGUUCAUACGAUUCAGCAUGGGCAGGCUUGCGCCUUUCUUUGGAUGGAUUCCCCCAUCAUGGGAAGGCCAAAACCUCGGCCGUGACACGCCUCUUUUCCUGUAUCGGUGGUUGGCUAUCACGUUCGGCCCAUUCGUCGAUAAUCCAACAUAUACGUAUCGUGGAAGUCCACCUGCUGAUAUGAUAGUGGAUGCCAAGGGUACUGUCAGCCAAUACUCCAUGUACUUGGAGAACAAGCGCCUUGAGGAGAAGAGGCACCUUGAGGAGAGCAAACCCGACGAGAAUUCGGAGGAGAAGAGGCCUCGUGAGGAGACCGUCUUGGCUGCGGAGGUGCUCUAG